GCGACUGGGUCAGCUCCGACAGAAGCUUUAUCAGCGGACGGGCUCUCCCUUCACCUGAGACGACAGCAGUGAUGAAAGAGCCGAAGUUAUCCAUGAAGCAGCACGCCUGCUGACACGUUUUUUAUUUUACUUUAGGAUAUACAUUUGGCGUUGAAAUUUGCUCUCCUAGCAAGCUCUAAGGUGAAACGUUUGCCUUGAAGUUUGCCAUGCAGGCACUUUUUUAGUCAGGGAAUUGAAAAAUUCAUUUUCGUGUAAAGCACUAAAAUACCCCAAAAGAAUUCUGUGAGUUCAAGCAAGAAGUGUGAGACUAUACUGCAGUCAAGCCAUGAAGACACUGCGUGUUCUCCUCCUGUGCACCGUAGUGGGCUACGUAGCCUUGCCGUGCGCGUGUGCGGUCCCCGAGAGCCCAACUCCAGGGCUGAUAGACAAACUAAAGGAAUUCGUGGGCAAUAUGUUGAACAACCAAGACAGUGGUAUGACUCAGCGGCUGCUACAGGCGGACCUUUCACCUUCCUGUACGGUUGGCCUCUUGAGGUUGAUGCGCAGCAUCCGGAACUUGGACCCCUGGGUUAUGAGAAUGGUCGACGCAUCUGGCAAGUACCCGACAGGCCUCUUCCAGGGAACCUUAUCAGACCUCGGAGCGUUCGACCAGUGUGUUGAGACUCUGGUACAUGACCAAUUUGGCAACGAGAAGGUUCGGGGCCAAUACUGCAACCUAUACAUUCCCAUGACCAACGAUACACGACCGCUGGAGUACGUGGCAUCAGCUCUCCGCAUGUCACAUCCUCGGACGGCCGAGUUCGCCAUCGGCAGUUCCGGCAUAUCAAUGAUCCAAGGUGCCCGUCUAGGCAUCUGCUUCAUCAGUGACUGCAAUGAGCAAGACAUCGAAGGCGUCAUCAAAGCGAUGCUUGGAGACUUGGUUGAUAUAAAGGUCAAACACUGCGUUACCAACGAGCCGAGGCCCUGGACAACCACGCAGAUAUCCAUUGUGGCUUUCCUGGGCAUUGUCGUGACUGUGAUAACAGCUAGUAGCGUCUUUGAUUACUACAUAAAAUAUCAGCAAAUCAAGAAAGGACCCCUACACAGAGCGCUCUGCGCUUUUUCAUUGGAAGCGAAUAUAGAACUCCUGUUGAACACAGGAAGCGGAAAAGAAUCAGAAGCAAGCAUGUACAGAUUUCUUCAUGGGAUGCGGAUCUUCGCCAUAUACUCAAUUGUUCUUGGUCAUUCGUACAGCUUUUUUGAUCCCUUAGCUGUGGCUCGAAUAGUUAACAUUCUCCAUUAUGCUGACACACUGGGAUUCGGUUUCGUUCUGGCUGGUUACUGGGGUGUGGACGUGUUCUUCUUUAUCAGUGGAUUCCUAAUGGUGUACAACAUCGACAAAUUAUCGAGAACGCACCUGAAUCGAUUUUGUAUCUGGCUGGUAGCAAUUGUCCGCCGGCAUUUAAGGACGACCCCGCCGGUAUUCUUCGUCAUCAUGUGCUGCUUCGUAGUGCCUGUGUUUGCAUCCGGUCCUAACCUGAAGGCACUGAUGGAGAAAAUUCACACCGAAUUCUCUAAUGAGUGGUGGCAAAUUUUGCUGCAAGUUCGAAAUGUCGGCGACCGCAGACAACAGGGAUUUCUAGGGUUGUUGUGGUUUAUAUCAGUAGACUUCCAGCUGUUCAUGGUCGCAAUGCCGACAGUUUUGAUACUUAAACGAUACUACUGGGGAAAAAUCGCUUCAUUUGGCGUAAUGGGGGCGGUGUGUUCUGCCGUAACAGUAUGGCAGCUGCAUGGCACCGGAUAUCCCCCCUUUAUGAUGCCCAUCAUAACUGAUCUCAGCGUAGCGAACAAUUACCACUAUGACGUAUAUGUAUGGCCUUUUCAACACGGAAUAUGUUACUUCGCCGGCUGCAUAAUUUGCUUACUGGUACAGAGAUACCGUGACGUGAAAAUUUCAAAGCUGAAACAGUUUUCCAUGUGGUGCCUUUGCGCAACCUGUGGGCUCACGUGCCUGUUUAUCAAGUAUGACUGGUGCCGCGGCCGCAACCCAACAGAAGAAUGGGUUACCCUCCUGGUGUCGGUCGCCAAUGGCCUCUGUUGUGCCAUGUUCAUGAGCUGGUUGGUAUUCGCCUGCGCAGCGGGCAAAGGAGGUCUGGUAUCAAGAUUUCUUUCCUGGAGGGCGCUUGUCCCUUUGAGUCGUCUCUCUUUCGGCAUCUACAUCAUCCACGUUCCACUCUACUACUUCUUUUUUGCCCUGGCACGCGAGAGGACGUUCUACUCUCAUUUUACACUGGUGCUGCUGUCACUUGGGAUCUUCGUGGUAAGCUCUAUGCUUAGUUUCUUCGUGUUCGUGGCCUGUGAAGCUCCGGUGGGUCGACUGGAAAAGCAGCUGCUCAUGCCCUCUAGCCUGCAAAACAAGGAUCCCAAAGAAAUUAAAGUAGCACCGAUGAACGGCACAGCACGCAACGGUGCUACAGUUGACAAAGUUUCUAAGUUGGUGGGCGCUAGCCAAAAGGGUCUGGAAGCGGUUAUAUCUGUUGCUCACAUAAGUCGCUUGUGAAAUAUCUCUUUGUUUUUGCUAUAG